AUGCGUUCUUCUAUCGCCGCCGUUACUGCUGGUAUAACGAGCUCGCUACUGCGUGACUCUAUCUCAGGUACCCGCUUGACCAUUGCUGGGAUUGCUCCAGGCGAAUUGCAACCUAAAAAGACGUACUUAUAUAAAAGCGUGAAGUCAGUAGCGAUAAAUCGAGGCAUCUGCAGCAACAUCUUCAGUGAGCCAGACUGUACAACUGUCCCUGGUAUCAUGCAGUAUCCUCUCAGAGCCGCGACUAAACUUGUUCUGUCAGACCUCUUGGAUCAAUGCGUAGACUUGGCAUUCACCGGAAGCUUAGGCGACCCUUUGCACACAGGAAAGCCAAGUAUGCAACCGUCAAGGACCCCGUCUAUAGUCGACAAAGCUGUCAGAUCCCGGCCCAAGUUAGAAUUAGAAAGGCUGGACAAACCAUCGAUGACCACCCCUGAGUACUGGAAACGCUUUAUGAGCGAUGUAUUGGUGAGCACAGCAUCUGACCUGGUUUACGAUGUAGGCAGAAAACGGGCAGCUAUGAUCAAUUCUGGGUCUAACCCCUCUACUAUGGAUGUUGCGACGUGGGCGUUCGCAUCUGCAGCAGCUGGAGAGUUUGUAAGGGCCAAGCUCGACAAUAAGUACACGCCAGACUAUAUCAGAGCAGGAGUGCGAUCGGCUAUCUUCAAGACCAGCUUUGCUUAUGUUUAUGCUCUAUUAAUGGCCUCUCCUUCAGCAGAAAAACUUUAG